AUGUCGACCACAGACUCUGUGAGAGAGUUGCCUACUGCCGAAGCAAUUACGAUCCCAAUCGAUAAGAUCUCUUCACGACUCAAUGAUAUAGAGCUCGGCGUUCGUUCGAUCAAGAGUGUUCGAUGGGUUGUAGUGUGUUUCUCACUAUAUGUCACUUGUUUCCUCUAUGGUCUCGAUACAACGAUCGCGGCUGAUGUUCAAGGCUCCAUUGUGGAAGCGUUUGGCCAUAUAGACCAACUUGCCUGGAUUGGAGCUGGUUUCCCACUAGGGUCAGUUUCAAUGGUGCUGCCACUUACUGCUGCCUUUGUCAGUUUUAAUCUCAAGUGGACAUUUAUUGCAACCGUCAUAGUGUUCGAGGUUGGCUCUGUUCUCUGUGGCGCUGCGCAAAACAUGAAUACAGUCAUUAUCGGCCGAGUUAUUGCAGGCAUGGGCGGGACCGGCAUCUAUCUUGGAAGUCUCAACUAUAUUUCCUCUUUAACUACACCAAAAGAGCGCGGUACCUACAUCACAGGAAUAGGCUUCUGUUGGGGCAUUGGAGCGGUGCUUGGACCGGUCGUCGGCGGGGCCUUUUCUGUAUCAUCUGCAACCUGGCGAUGGGCAUUUUACAUCAACCUGGUGAUUGGUGGAGUUCUCGCGCCAAUUUUCAUAUUCAUUUUGCCGUCAUUGCACCCCGUUCGAGGAGUGUCAACCCGCACAAGGCUCGCGAAUCUUGAUUUCGUCGGAUUUGUUCUUGGAUCAGGCGUAUGGGUGACCUUUGCAUUGGUGUUUACAAUGGCAGGCGGACAAUGGGCGUGGGGCGACGGAAGAACCAUCGCUAUGUUCGUUGUCUUCGGCAUUGUAUUGAUCGCCUAUGUUUUACAACAGGGCAUGUGCCUGUUUACAAGUCGAGAGACGCGAUCAUUUCCCGUGAACUUGCUAUUCACUCGGACACACUUUCUGUUAUACGUCGCCAUGGCUGCUAACGAUGCUACCCUCUUUGUCUUCCUCUAUUUCUUCCCCCUCUACUUUCAAUUUGUACACAGUGACUCGGCACUAGAAGCUGCUGUUCGACUAUUGCCAUACGUCAUUAUAAUGGUCACGUUCAAUCUGGGAGCUGGCCAUCUCUUGUCCAGAGUGAAGCGAUACAUGCCGAUCUAUAUCUUUUCUGGGGUUCUCCUGACAGUUGGAGGCUCUUUGAUGGUCGUUUAUCUCAAGCCUUCGACUACUAUAUCCGUUAUUUAUGGCCUAUCAAUUAUUAAUGCUGUUGGUACAGGUCUCACUAACCAGCUCGGCUAUGCCGUGGCGUCGCUUGUUGUGGAGCCCCAAGAAGUUGGAGAUGCAAUAAGCCUACAAAAUUUGGCGCAGUUGGGUGCCAGCCUCAUCUCCCUUGUUAUUGCUGGCCAGAUAUUCCAGGCAGAGGCAGUUAAAAACCUGGAGAGAGUGCUCAUCGGGACCAACUAUUCACACCAAGACAUAGUGGAUGCUGUAUCUGGUGCACAGAGUACGCUUUUCCAGCAAAUCAGUGGCGAGCUGCGCAAUCAAGCGGUGAAGGCAAUCACAGAGGCCAUACAGAAAGCGCUCUAUCUACUGCCAAUUGGGGGCGGCGUUCUCCUGAUGGCCGCGCUAUUCAUGAAACGAGAGAAGCUCUUUGGAGAAAUUGUGGCCGUUGGAGCUUAG